CCCGCGCGAGGGGAGCCGCCGCUGCCUCGGCCCUGCGCCCACCAUGGCGCAGAUCCUCCCCAUCCGCCUCCAGAAGCACUUCCAGCUCCAAAACCUGGGAAUUAAUCCAGCCAAUAUUGGAUUGAGCGCACUGACCAUGGAAUCUGACAAAUUUAUAUGUGUCCGAGAGAAAGUUAGUGAGCAGGCGCAGGUAGUGAUUAUUGACAUGAGUGAUCCAAUGACGUCAAUCAGACAGCCUGUCUCUGCAGGAAGUGCCGUCAUGAACCCAGCCUCUAAGGUGAUAGCUCUGAAAGCUGGGAAGACACUUCAAAUCUUUCAUAUUGAGAUGAAGAGUAAAAUGAAGUCUCAUACGAUGGCAGAAGAGGUAGUUUUCUGGAAGUAGGUCACUGUGAACACUGUUGCCCUGGUGACCGAGACCACAGUCUACCACUGGAGCAUGGAAGGUGACUCCCAGCCUGUGAAGAUGUUUGAUAGACAUGCCAAUCUGGCAGGGUGCCAGAUGAUCCCCUACCAGACCGAUGAGUACCAGAAGUGGCUACUCCUCAUUGGCGUCUCAGCUCAGCAAAAUCUUGUGUUUGGAGCAAUGCAGCUCUACUCUGUGGAUAGGAAGGUUUCCCAACCCAUAGAAGGCCAUGCUGCUGCUUUUGCAGAGUUCACGAGUGAGGGCACUGCCAAGCCUGCCACUCUUUUCUGCUUUGCUGUACGCAGUCCCACAGGGGGCAAGUUGCACAUAAUCGAAGUCGGACAGCCUACAGCAGGAAACCAACCUUUUGUAAAGAAAGCUGUGGAUGUGUUUUUCCCUCCAGAGGCUCAGACUGAUUUCCCAGUGGCUAUGCAGAUUGGAGGUAAACGUGGUGUUAUUUACUUGAUCACAAAGUAUGGCUAUCUUCAUAUGUAUGACCUCGAGUCUGGUGUGUGCAUCUACAUGAACCAUAUUAGUGCUGACACAGUCUUUGUAACUGCUCCACAUGAACCUACCUCUGGAAUUAUUGGUGUCAACAAAAAGGGACAGGUGCUGUCAGUUUGUGUGGAAGAAGAUAACAUUGUGAGUUAUGCAACCAACGUGCUUCAGAAUCCAGACCUUGGUCUGUGUUUCGCCAUUCGUAGUAACCUGGCUGGGGCAGAGGAGUUAUUUAUGAGAAAAUGCAGUACCCUGUUUGCACAGGGGAACUAUGCUGAAGGUGCCAAAGUAGUGGUGUCUGCACCAAAGGGAAUCCUACGUACCAGCGACACGGCGAAGUUCCAGAGUAUUCCUGCCCAGCCUGGGCAGGCUUCUCCUUUGCUCCCGUACUUUGGAAUCCCCCUUGACCAGGGUCAGCUUAAUAAACUUGAAUCCUUAGAUCUUUGCCGUCCAGUUCUUUAGCAGGCCAAGCAACUUUUAGAAAAGCGACUGAAGGAAGACAAGCUAGAGUGUUCAGAAGAACUUAGAGGUUUGGUCAAAACUGCUGACCCUACACUCGCUGUGAGUGUGUACCUUUGGGCAAAUGUGCCAAGCAAAGUUAUCCAGUGUUUUGUAGAAACAGGCCAAUUCCAAACACUUGUGCUCUAUGCCAAAAAGGUUGGCUAUGCCCCAGACUGGAUCUUUUUGCUGAAGAGUGUGAUGAGGAUCAGUCCAGACCAGGGCCUGCAGUUUUCUCAAAUGCUCAUGCAGGAUGAGGAGUCAUUGGGCAACAGUGACCAGAUUGUAGACGUUUUCAUGGAAAACAGUUUAAUUCAGCAGUGUACUUCCUUCUUGUUGGAUGCCUUGAAGAAUAAUCGCCCAUCUGAGGGGCACCUCCAGACUCGCCUGUUGGAGAUGAACUUGAUUCAUGCACCCCAGGUUGCAGAUGCCAUCCUUGGAAAGCAGAUGUUAACGCAUUACGAUCGGGCCCACAUCGCCCAGCUCUGUGAAAAGGCGGGCCUCUUGCAGUGAGCACUGGAGCACUACAUCGACCUCUACGACAUCAAGAGGGCUGUGGUCCACACUCACCUCCUCAGUCCCGAGAUUAUUCUUGCUUCUCGGUGGCUCGUCACCUUCUUUGGCUCCUUGUUGGUGGAGGAUUCUCUGGCGUGCCUGCGUGCUCUGCUGUCUGCCAGCAUCAGACAGAACCUUCAGCUGUGUGUGCAGGUGGCCUCCAAGUACCACAAACAGCUGGGCAUGCAGUCCCUGGUGGAACUGUUUGAAUCCUUCAAGAGUUACGAAGGCCUGUUCUACUUCCUGGGUUCAAUUGUGAACUUCAGCCAGGAUCCAGAAGUGCACUUGAAAUACAUUCAGGCCACCUGUAAGACAAGGCAGAUCAAGGAGGUGGAGAGGAUAUGCCGGGAGAAUAAUUGCUACAACCCAGAGUGGGUGAAGAACUUCCUAAAGGUUUGCAAUGAGAAUUCUCUGUUCAAAAGCGAGGCCCACUACCUGGUUCGCAGGAAGGAUCCGGAGCUCUGGGCUCACAUUCUUGAGGAGACCAACCCGUUCAGGAGACAGCUGAUUGACCAGGAUCCUGAAGAGGUCUCAGUCACUGUCAAGGCCUUCAUGACAGCUGACCUGCCUAAAGAACUGAUUGAGCUGCUGGAAAAGAUUGUUCUGGGUAACUCUGUCUUCAGUGAGCACAGACCACCUCUUCGCAAAAAUCUCCAGAAUCUGCUGAUCCUGACCGCCAUCAAGGCAGACCGCAUGGGGGUCAUGGAAUACAUAAGUCGACUGGACAACUGUGAUGCCCCAGACAUUGCACGCAUCGCUGUCAGCAGUGCACUGUAUGAGGAGGUGUUCGCCAUCUUCCGCAAGUUUGAUGUGAACGCUUCUGCAAUCCAGGUUCUGAUAGAGCACGUUGGAAAUCUAGACCGAGCAUACGAGUUUGCGGAGAGAUGCAAUGAGCCUGCUGUGUGGAGUCAGCUGGCCCAUGCCCAGCUCCAGAAGGACUUGGGUUCUGCCUCUCACUGGUAUGAAGCUUGGCGAGGCAAGCGUACAGCCCUUCCAGCAAUCUGCACAUAUUAUGCAUCCAGAGAUGUUGGAGACACAUUGAGUGAAAGUUUUCUAAAAGAGUCUGAGAUAAACAUUAUUUCGUUAAUGACACUAGCUCUUCAGUUGACUGUUACCCUGUUUACUAAAACCAGCUGUCUGUCUGAGCUAGAAGAUUGUAUUAAUGGACCCAACAGUGCUCACAUCCAGCAGGUGUGCUUUGCCUGUGUGGACGGGCAGGAGUUCCAUCUUGCACAGUUGUGUGGUCUUCGCAUCGUCAUUCAUGCAGAUGAGCUGGAGGAACUGAUACGCUGUUACCAGGAUCAGGGCUACUUUGAGGAGCUGAUCUCCUUGCUGGAGGCAACCCUGGGCCUGGAGCGGGCCCACAUGGGCAUCACAGAGCUGGCCAUCCUCUACUCCAAAUUCAAGCCGCAGAAGAUGCAGGAACACCUGGAGCUCUUCUGGUCCCAUGUCAACAUCCUGAAGGUGCUGAGAGCUGCGGAGCAGGCGCAUCUCUGGGCAGAGCUGGUGUUCCUCUAUGACAAGUACGAGGAGUAUGACAGCGCCGUGCUCACCAUGAUCAAUCACCCUGCUGAUGCCUGGAAAGAAGGGCAGUUCAAGGACAUCAUUACCAAGGUCGCCAACGUGGAACUCUUCUAUAAAGCCUCGCAGUUCUAUUUGGAUUACAAAUCUCUGCUCAUCAACGACCUGUUGCUUGUGCUGGCGCCCCGGCUGGACCACACCGGGACUUUUGGCUUCUUUUCAAAAGCAGGCCAGCUGCCACUGGUGAAGCCUUACCUGCGGUCAGUCCAGGGCCACAACAACAAGAGUGUGAAUGAGGCGCUCAACCACCUGCUGACAGAAGAGGAGGAUUAUUAGGAUUUGAGAGCAUCUGUCGACGCCUAUGAUAACUUUAACAGCAUCGCCCUGGCACAGCGGUUAGAGAAGCCACUGAUUGAGUUCAGGCGCAUUGCCGCUGGUCUGUACAAGGGCAACAGCCAGUGGGUCCAGAGCGUGGAGCUCUGCAAGAAGGACCGUCUCUACCAGGACGCGAUGCAGCACGCUGCAGAGUCCCAGGAUGCCAAGCUGGCUGAGAAGUUGCUGCAGUGGUUCCUGGAGGAGGGCAAGCAGGAUUGCUUUGCAGCCUCUCUCUUCGCCUGCUACGAUCUGCUUCCCCCAGAUGUGGUGCUCGAGUUGGCCUGGAGACACAACCUCGUGGACCUGGCCAUGCCCUACUUCAUCCAGGUGAUGAGGGAGUACCUUAGCAAAGUGGACAGACCUGCAGGCAGGUGGAUGCCUCAGAGAGUCUGCGCAAGCAAGAGGAACAUGUAGUGGAGCCCUCCCUUCUCCUGUUGGGCCAGCAGCUGAUGCUGACAGCAGGCCCUGCUGCAGGGCCAGCCCCUACCAGCUGCCCGUAUGGAUAUGCUUCCAUUCCCGCCUUCACCCAGUCUCCAGUGUACGGCUUCAGCGUGUAGUGGGUGCUCAGUGGCAACACCCCCUCUACCGAGUUAUUAACCUCCCCAAGGAGCGCAUCACUCCAGAAGCACAGAGGACCCCGAUGGGAGGCGGGCACACCUGGACGUUAUUUAUUUUUGCUGGGGCCCAAUGAUGGCAGCUUCUGAGCCAUUCCACAGCCCAGGGAGGCCAGCGUAGCCACUGGCUGCCCAAGAAGACCAGCUCCAGCCGCCAUGCUGGGAGGUCAGCUCCCACCUCCAGGCCUUCUGGCUGGAGCCAGGCAUUCCUGGGAAGUUCCUGUCUGCAAGGAUCCCCUGACACUUGGCGGGAAGGGCACCCUCUCUUCACUCUGCACUGGCAGAGCUGCCCCCUCCAGGCCAUUCUGCAGACCCAACCGAAGGUAUAACCUGCCUGAGCCUCCUCCCGAUCAUGAACAUUAAAGUCGGUUUAUCAAGGCAAAGCUUCCCUGCUUGGUGCUGGUGUGGGAAGGAGGGGACAAAAGGUUGCUGAGACCUCUUGUGCUGUUGGGGGACCUGCGUCUACCCAGGAAAGCAGGCCAGAGGGGUACAGCCAGGGUGUAUUUAAGGUGUUUUCCCGACCGUGCGCACUGCACCGAGCUCUAAAUCCCCUAGGGGGAGUGGUAACCGCACAGCCCUCAAACAGCAAGGAUGGGGCGAGCCCCACGUGUUUCGGGGAAGGUCUGCCCCUCUCUCCACCUCCGAUCUCCGGGGUUUCUGUCGCUCAUGGCAGAUGCAAAGACCCCGAGAUCGGCUCCUUUCCGGGCCGGACUCUGCUGCAAGCCCCGGCUGGUUUUAGAGACUGCACCUUGACCCCCAGCUCCAGGCCCAGUGGCAGCGCCGCCUCCCCAGGACCCUGCCCCCGGCCUCGCCACGCUUCGUUUUCCGGCGACCCGGGCUCGGCAAUUGGCUGGGUCGUCGUCUCCGCCCCGACGCCCGCCUCGGCGCGCUCCGCCCCGGCCU